CCAUUCCCAUGAACCGGGAAUUUUGACACUUAAAUAAAGCUUCAAACUUUGGUUGCUGAAGCCUACACCAAAAACCAAAACCUCAAACCCCAGAGGGAGAAAAGAGAAAAAGAAAAUUGGAGAGUCGUUUUCUAAUGAAACCCACCAAGAUUUCCCAUGUGAUGAUGCAGAGGAAGUUGAUGUUGAUGAACCGUGUCAUCAUUGAUCCAAUCAAAGCUCCUUCGUUUCUCUGCAACAAAGUGCACUCUAGACCUUAUUUUCGAUUACCUGAUUUUUUGAGGAAACCCAGAGAAUAUGAAAUUUCACCAUCUUUGUUUUCUUCAUCUUUUUGUUCUUCUUCUUCUUCAUCAUCAUCAUCUGCUACUGCAACCUCUCUCUCCAAGGUUGGCUUUGUGGGAUGGUAUUUGGGGAUGAUAAAGUCAUGGCCCAUUCUCACAAAGAGUGUUACUUCUGCACUUAUUUACACCGCUGCUGAUUUAUCCUCUCAGAUUAUUGUGCGGGGAUCUUCAGAACCUUUUGAUUUUAUAAGAACUUCACGCAUGGCAGGAUAUGGAAUGAUCGUUUUAGGGCCAUCACUGCAUUUCUGGUUCAAUUUUGUGUCAAAGCUUUUCCCUAGGAGGGAUCUUUUCUCUACGUUGAAGAAAAUGGUCAUGGGUCAGACACUUUAUGGGCCUGCCAUGACCGUUAUUUUCUUCUCCUUGAAUGCACGUCUGCAGGGUAUGUUCAAUUCUCUUAGCGUAAUGUGUAUCAUGCAAUUUCUUUUUGUAUAUGUUAUUCCUUUCCUUACCUUUUCUUGAUGUGGGAGGAGGGUUUUCUUAAUAUUCUUAUGCUUAUAUUUGCCUGGCCUUGUAUUUCAAAUUAUAGUGCCAACUAGUGUACAACACAAAAGGACAAAGAUUAGGGAUGUUAAAAAUGUAAUGACACAAUUGAUGAAGCGUGGAACAAUAAGCAAUGAUGCCAUUUUAAAACUAAAAAGAUUGAACCAGGCAAUUAGAGUAGUCAUUAGGCUAAUUAGUUUGUUUUUGAAUCCUCGAGUAUUUACUGCCAUUCUAAAACAGUAUAAAAUACCCUUAUUCUUGCAAGUUUACAAUGCGACACGGCAUUGUUGUAGAUCCUGUGGUUUAUUUCUUUUUUAAAUAUUCAAUAUUAUUAAAUUUUGGUUUUCCUUCAAAAUUAUAAUCUGGCUUUCGAGAUACAUGGAAUAUGCCUUGUACAUGCAUCUUGACUAAUGUUGUGUUGGAAAGGGUCCAUGUGGUGUUACUGAAAUGCACUUUACCUUGCAUAUGUUUUUUAAUAUUUAUUUUUUGUUUAUUGUCUAUGUGUCCAAUUUCAUGCAUUGAUUCUUUGUCUUUGGAGGGGGAGUUAUUCCCCUUAUUCGGACAUGUUGGUGAAGUAAGUAUGGGAAUAAGAUUUAUUCUCUCUAUUUUACCCCUUAAUUUGACAAGGAAGGACACUUCUCCCUCGUACUCCAUCCCUUAGCUUCAUUAAAUAAACUUCUAAACUAGGGUUUGAAUCUCUUUUCCCUUUCUUUUCCUUAUCCAUCUCUCUGAUCAUUUGCGCAUAAUAAUUGAAGAAGGUAAGAGAAGUUUGACAACCAUGGUGAGAGUGAAGUGAUUGUAGAUUAUUGAGUCUACAACUUUUUUUUCUGUCUAUAUGUAGUGUAGUAACCUUUAGGUUGUACAUAUGUAGUAUUUGGUUUGAGGGAAAUGGAGAAGAGAGGAGGGAAGGGAUUUUUAUAAAAAUAGCUUGUGAGAUAACGGGCUAAAAUCUCUCUUCUCCCAUUUUCAUCUCUCUUCCAAUAUUUAGGGGUUUGGAGGGAAAAUACUUAAAAGCUUUUAAAUCGUGUUGACUAAAUUAUUCUUAACUCGAAUGCUUGAAUUGAAUGGCUUUAUUUGUCUACAAUAAAGAUAUAGUAAUAAAUUAUUUAUUUACCCUCCCCUGCCCUUGUAAAGCAAAGGUGUCCCUUUCCUCGCCUCUACUUUAAACCAAACCGUGUGCAUGAGUCCAAAAAUUAUGAACAAAAUUAGAGGGUGUAUUAAGACCAUUUCAUAUUUUAUUUCAUGCUUAAUUCUUUAUGAUAUUCUAAACAGUUUCUCUUGUUUGCCAGGUGAAACCGGCUCAGAGAUCAUUGCACGCUUAAAGCGUGAUUUGCUUCCGACAAUGUUAAAUGGAAUUAUGUACUGGCCCGUGUGCGAUUUUAUAACUUUUAGGUUCACUCCUGUCUAUUUACAGGUACGUGCUUAUUUCUUGCCAUUCUUGUCUUACUGCAAUACAGCAUGCCAUGAAAAUCAUGAUUUUGUAACUCAUGAUUCUUUACAUUGUUUCAUUUUGACAGCCAUUAGUCAGCAAUUCAUUUUCGUACCUGUGGACUGUUUACAUGACCUAUAUGGCAAGCCUAGAGAAAGCAAGCUGAUAGCAGUGUCAAUUCUUGUUUCACAAUUCAGAUUUGAGUUUAUGUUGAAACGGCAGGAUACUGGGAUGUCUGCAGAGAAUUCUGAUCUCACAUUGUCCAUGGCUAUGCUACUAACGAGGACGCUCAGUUUUAUCCAUUUUU